UUCCUACAGGGAAUAUAUUAAUACAAUCAUCUACAAAUCAAGGUAAAUUUUAAACACAAAAGUAAGUUAUUUAAAUUAAAGCAAAAUAGGUUUAGAGGACAUGGCAACUGCACAGGAAUCCAAAACACGCAGCGAACGCUUGGCUGCAGUGGACGUCAAUGAACUGUUGCCCAAGUGCAUAAAGAAGAAGACGACGACGAAAAAGGACUUUGUGAAUCACAUGUUCGAUGGUCGCAUAUAUAAACCAAAGCGGCUAUUUCGUCAUCAAACUGAUGCGGCAUUGAUCUCUGGCCAUUAUGCGAACAAUCUUAAAGUGAACAAUAUCGAAAUGAAGACACGCACUUGGCCAUAUGCCAUGGAUUGGCGUGAGGAGUAUCGUCAAUUCUUGAUGCGCACAAAGUGGUGUAACGAAGAGAUCUACAAGCUCUUCUUUGAGUGUCCUCCAGUGCGAUACGAUCAAGUUGAAGAAUUCUUAAAGGACUUGCAGAAGACUUGUUAUGGCUCGGAUUAUUCGCCGAAUGAAUACGUAUCGUUGAUAAGCCAGAGAACCAUUAAGGCCGACAUCGGUGAUCCCAAUUGCAAAUCGAAGGAUAUUCAAACGACAUAUGGCAAUUACUAUAAUCGACUUGAUGAACUAAAGAGAUUCGGCGGCAGUUUAUAUAGUAGACCACCGCCUAAGGAUAUGACCAUGGAGAACUUUCUUAAAAAUAUGCGUAAACUAUUUCGUAAAUAUGAUUUGAGCACAUACUACGAAGAAAUAUGCGUGCCAGCUGUGGUUACAGCAAAGGAUGGCAAAAUGCCUUCAGGACCUAUUGAUCGUUAUACGUUACGCAAAUACUAGACAUAAUUUUACAAUCUUUACAACUUACACAUUUUCCCAUUCGUGAAAGAGCGGCAGGAUUUGACUGGAGUGUCGAACGGGCACAAAAAUCAUUGCGUAUUUCAAAUAAACAUUCGUGUCCUGCAAAAAAAAAGGGAAAUGAACAUACAACUGAGCUACUUAAGCUGACAUUAAUUACUCACAUUUGGUUUAAUAAAGCCAAAAUCGCUCAGAAAGUUGAGCACGUUA